AGCCUCCAGGUCGGCACCAGAGUGGUCAUCCACUGGAUCCAGGUCAAAGCACGAGACAUUCCUAUCCACGCCUACUUCUUAAACCAGGACCAGCUCCUACACCAGGACCAGCGCUUCAAAAACAGGACGUCGCUGUUCAAGGACCAGAUCUCCAGAGGAAACGCCUCGCUGCGGCUGACAGCGGUGGAGCUUCAGGACCAGAGCAGGUACAGGUGCUCCACCAGCACCACCGGAGGACACAAGGACUCGUACAUCAACCUGAGAGUGGACGCUCCAGUCCGUAAAGUCAACAUUCAGCAGGUAGAAAACAGGAUCACCUGCAGCUCAGAGGGGGUCUACCCUGAACCUGAACUCAGCUGGUCCACAAACCCUCCAUCCAACCAGACCCUCCAGACCAAAACCACAGUCCAGCAGACUAAACAGCAGCUCUGCAACAUCAGCAGCUCUCUGAUAGUUUCAGAUACUGAUCAGGACUACAGCUGCACCGUCGGCACUCGCAGAAACAAGAGAAGAGCCACUCUGAGGAAACUACCUUCAGCCAGUUGUUCCAGCAGUGAAACAACAAUCCUCUGCUCUGCGUCAAACGUUUCCCUAAAAAACCUCGUCUGGAGGUUCAACCACAGUCAG